ACGCAGAGGUUCCGGCGGCGCCCGCCAUAGGCUUUCAUUGUCGCUGCCGACGCCGCCAUUCGCGCCGCGGGGCUGUCCCGAGGGGAGCGGGGGACAGAACCAGCUCUGACAAGAGGAAGAAACAUCCAUAAAAACCAUCCAUUUUCCAGCUAUCCCAAAAACAAUGCAAAACCCAAAUUAUCCCAACACUCAUUCCCCCUCAAUCUCCCCAUGAUUUCCCACACUUUUAAAUCCUCAAAUCCCAUUUUUAGCAGGGCUUUUUUUUGGGAUUAUUUCUCCAAAUUCCUUGGCUCGGCCAGGAAUUUUUUGCAGCCUGCAUGGACAGAGCAACCUUUGCCUGUUCCACCGCUUUUUUCCGGGAUUUUGGGAAUUCUUCUCCGGGUGCUCUCCCCGGGGGCCACGUGGAUUUUAUUGACAAAGUUGAUUCCUUCACUUAUUCCGAUUUUUUCCGGGAUUAUCUCAUUCCCAACCACCCCUGCAUUUUCUCAGCCAAGUUCACCGAGGAUUGGGGCAGCAGGAAAAAUUGGGUGACGUGGGAUGGGAAACCCAACUUUGAGCAUCUCCUGCAGAAGUUUGGAGAAGCCGUGGUGCCCGUUGCCAACUGCGACGUCAAGGAGUACAACUCCAACCCCAAGGAGCAGCUGCCCUUCAAGGAAUACGUGCAGUAUUGGCGGGAAUACAUCAGGAACGGCCACCGCUCCCCAAGGGGCUGCCUCUACCUCAAGGACUGGCACCUGAGCAGAGCUUUUCCAGAGCAGGAUGUUUACACCACUCCCGUGUAUUUUUCCUCGGAUUGGCUCAAUGAAUAUUGGGAUGCCGUGGCUGUGGAUGAUUUUAGGUUCGUCUACAUGGGACCCAAGGGAUCCUGGACGCCAUUCCACGCCGACGUCUUCCGCUCCUACAGCUGGUCGGCCAACGUGUGUGGCAGGAAGAAAUGGCUGCUGUAUCCCGCGGGACAGGAGGAAUUCCUGAAGGAUCGCCACGGCAAUCUCCCCUUCGACGUGACGGCUCCGGAUCUUCGGGACAAGAGGAUUUAUCCGCGCUACAGCCAGAGCCAGCCCCCUCUGGAGAUUCUCCAGGAGGCCGGGGAGAUCGUCUUCAUCCCCAGCGGGUGGCACCACCAGGUUCACAACCUGGAGGACACCAUCUCCAUCAACCACAACUGGGUGAACGGCUGCAACGUGGCCGUCAUGUGGAGCUUCCUGCAGGAUGAGCUGGCGGCCGUCCAGAGGGAGAUCAGCCAAUGGAAGGAUCCCAUGGACGAUUGGCACCUCCAGUGCCAGCUGAUCAUGAAAUCCUGCACGGGCAUCGACUACAAGGAGUUCUACAACUUCCUCAGAGUCAUCGCGGAGAACCGGAUCUCGGUGCUGGAGAAGGGCCUGGACGAGGAAUCCUCACCCCAGAACAAUUCCAAGGCCGCCAUUUCCACCCUGGGGAUGCUGCACGCCGUGUUCGACCUCAAGCGGACGGCGAAGGUGCUGAGCUCGUUAAGCGCUAACGAGGAUUUCCGCCAGCUGGACCUGACCUCGCUGAGCCCCUCUCCAGAGGCUCUGCUCCAGCACCUGGAGUCGGCCAUAGACACGGCCCUGCUCUGAAUUCCUGCUGUUCCAAGAGCUUUUCCAAAGGGUUUUCAGGAGGAAAUGGACUGGGACAAGAGUUUGUUCCAGUGGGAGGAGGAAGAAUGGUAGGAAGGAGAACGUUCCCAAGGUUCUGAGUGAUUUGCAGGAAUUAAGGAAAAACCAUCCCAGCUAAACGAAAAUCCAAAUUUUUUUGGGAUUCUGAGCAUCACUCAGGGCAAAAAUUUCCUUUCCCUGUGGAUCAAGUCUGGAAGUGGAAUGAAGCAAAUUCCCUGUGCUUAAGCUCAGCUUUGUUAAAACCUCUCCUCUUCCAGAUGCAGCUCAGCUUUUCCAUCAUUUUUUAGGGAAUUCCAGCUGCUGAAUUCCAUGGAAUUCCAUGGAAGCUGAGCAGGAGCCAGCACCUGGAAUCAGCCAUAGACACGGCCCUGCUCUGAAUUCCUGCUGUUCCAAGAGGUUUCCAAAGGUUGGGAGAAGGAAAUGGACUGGGACAAGAGGUUUACUCCAGCAGGAGGAGGGAGAAUGGAAGGAGGGAGAACAUUUGGGAAGGAGGGAGAACAUUCCCAAGGUUCUGAGUGGUUUGCAGGAAUUAAGGAAAAAAACAUCCCAGCCAAAGGAAAAUCCAAAAUUUUUUAGGAUUCUGAGCAUCACUCAGGGCAAAAAUUCCCUGUGGAUCAAGUCUGGAAGCGGAAUGAAGCAAAUUCCCUGUGCUUAAGCUCAGCUUUGUUAAAACCUCUCCUCUUCCCGGUGUAGCUCAGCUUUUCCAUUCCUUUUUUAGGGAAUUCCAUGGAAUCUGAGCUGGAGCCAGGAUUUGGGAAUGUUGAUUCCAUGUCUUCCAAAGUGGGAUUUCCAAGGCUGAGACGCUCAGGAUUAAAUUAAAUUUAAUUCAACUCCAAGCAAAACCUGCCUUGGUAUAUCCCAAUAAAAAGCAGGAAUGGGAAUGCGCUCCCAAAAUUCCAAGCCCCAGAAUUCCCUCCAGGAAAGAUCAGGAAAGUUCUGAGUGGUUUGGAGGAAUUAGGGAAAAACCAUUCCCAGCCAAAGGAAAAUCCAAAAUUUUUUAGGAUUCUGAGCAUCACUCAGGGCAAAAAUUUCCUUUCCCUGUGGAUCAAGUCUGGAAGCGGAAUGAAGCAAAUUCCCUGUGCUUAAGCUCAGCUUUGUUAAAACCUCUCCUCUUCCAGAUGCAGCUCAGCUUUUCCAUCAUUUUUUAGGGAAUUCCAGCUGCUGAAUUCCAUGGAAUUCCAUGGAAGCCUGAGCACUAGCCAGCACCUGGAAUCAGCCAUAGGCACGGCCCUGCUCUGAAUUCCUGCUGUUCCAAGAGCUUUUCCAAAGGUUGGGAGAAGGAAAUGGACUGGGACAAGAGGUUUACUCCAGCAGGAGGAGGGAGAAUGGAAGGAGGGAGAACAUUUGGGAAGGAGGGAGAACAUUCCCAAAGUUCUGAGUAGUUUGCUGGAAUUAAGGAAAAAAACAUCCCAGCCAAAGGAAAAUCCAAAAUUUUUUAGGAUUCUGAGCAUCACUCAGGGCAAAAAUUCCCUGUGGAUCAAGUCUGGAAGUGGGAUGAAGCAAAUUCCCUGUGCUUAAGCUCAGCUUUGUUAAAACCUCUCCUCUUCCAGAUACAGCUCAGCUUUUCCAUCCUUUUUUAUGGAAUUCCAGCUGGUGAAUUCCAUGGAAGCUGAGCUGGAGCCCGGAUUUGGGAAUGUUGAUUCCACGUCUUCCAAAGUGGGAUUUCCAAGGCUGAGACGCUCAGGAUUAAAUUUAAUUUAAUUCAACUCCCGGCAAAACCUGCCUUGACUCAUCCCAAUAAAAAGCAGGAAUGGGAAUGUGCUCCCAAAAUUCCAAGCCCCAGAAUUCCCUCCAGGAAAGAUCAGGAAAGUUCUGGGUGGUUUGGAGGAAUUAAGUAAAAAAAAAAAAAACAUCCCAGCUAAAGGGAAAUCCCAAUUUUUUGAGGAUUCUGAGCAGGCACUCAGGGAAAAAAUUCCUUGUGGAAUUUUUUUGUGGAUCCAGCACCUCCUGCACGCUUCCACAGCACAAUUCCCACCCAGAAUAUUCCCAGAGGAACCCCCAACCCCCCCUCCUGCUUUUCCUUGGAAAAAUCCCAAAACCUGGAAGCACAAAUGGCUGCACACUGUUACCUUCAGGCCUCGCUUGAACUCUUCCCGAAAUCAAAGCCGAGAAAAACUUGGAAUUUCGGGAAGUUUUAGGAAGUCAAACUGAAAAUCCACCUCGUUUUCCUUGAAUUCCUUGGAAUUUUUACCCCCCCUGCACUUUGCAUGUCCUUUUCCAGUAGGAAUUUUGCAUUUUUUCUUCGUUCCAAAAAUACCAAGGAGUCGUUUUCCCGGAUUCUUGAAGACGACAGAAAUUGGAAUAAGGAGCACGCAGAGCCUGGAAUCUUCAAAAUUCCAAAGUUUUAUUUAAAUAAAAAUUCCUGGCAAACUUCCA